AUGACGCGGUUAAGUGCAGAGGCACGAUUUAUGAUAGCCAUCAUUAUUCUGGCGACAUUUACAUACACAAGUCUUUGGCUUACAUAUGUGCUUCGACCAAUCCCAAUUUAUCAUGAUGUGAAAAAACAUUCUAAGCAUUCAAACUCCAGUUUCGGCUUUGAUCAUGUUUAUGUUAUCAAUUCUUUAACUCAAACGAAAAGACAUGAAAGAAUGAAGGAUAUAGCAAAGAGAUUAGGCUUAGAGUUUGAAUUCUUUCCUGCUGUUUCUUCGGAUGACAGCAAAGUUUUCGACGAGUUCAAGUUUGACAGUGAAUUAGAUCCAUUACAUAAGGCUUCAUAUAUUACUCAUUAUAAAAUUUAUCAAUCCAUCGUUGAUAGUGAAUAUGAAGAUGCAUUAAUUUUAGAUGACAAUUUAGACUUUGAACUUGACAUCUCGUCAAUAAUGUCUAAUGUUCAUAAAAUUUUACCCGCAGAUUGGGAUCUUUUGCAUCUCAGUUUCUGUAACAGUCAAGAAGGUGUAUAUAGUAGUCCAGUGCCAGAUAGAAAAAACGUUUCACCAGAUCAUAAACUGUUUAGAUCUAAAUGGACUCAUUGUGCAAAUGCAUAUGCCAUUUCAUCCUCUGGUGCCUCAAAAUUAUUAAAAACUCUUAAACCAACGAAACUUUCGAUUGAACUUGAACUGACUAACCUGAUUCAAUCAAAAGAAAUUACUUCUUAUACUAUCUUACCACCUCCUAUCGUUCAAUGGCAAUCUUCUGUCCAAAGAAAUUAUGGCCUCUACUUUUUGAAGAAAUCUACUUUAAAUUCACUUAUUAAAAAAUCAAAACCUUGGAAUUCUACCCUCGGCUUUGAUAAUAUUUAUGUUACUAAUGUUUCAGAACGACCAGGUAAACGUGAAAAAUUAGAAAGUAUAGCGAAAAAAUUAAAAUUAAGAUUUGAAUUUGUUCAGGCAAUUUCUCAAUCUGAUGUCGAUGCAUUGAAAAGAUUUAGUCCAAGUAGUGAAUUACAACCACCUCAAAAAGCUCAUUAUUUAAGCCAUUAUAAGAUUUAUCAAUCAAUUGUUGAUAAUAGAUACGAUAGCGCAUUAAUUUUAGAAGAUGAUAUAGAUUUUGAACUUAAUAUCGUGUCAAUUAUGACUGAUACUCAUCGUAAUUUACCUGCUGAUUGGGAAAUCUUAUAUCUUGGUCAUUGUAGUGAAUUGGAAGGUGCAACUAAUGAAUAUUUAUUGGAUAGUAACGAUAUAUCUUCUGAAUUCAAAUUGUUUAAAUCUAAGAGGCCAUAUUGUACCCAUGCAUAUGCCGUUUCAUAUGUCGGUGCUCUCAAAAUGUUACAAAAACUUGGCAAACCAACAAAAUUUCCAAUUGAUAUUGAAUUGGUUCAUAUGAUUGAACAAGGA